AUGGCCAACCUCCUGAAUGCCGACAUGGACGACUUUUUCCGCUUCUUGGAAAAGGAGACUGGAGUUCUGGCGAAUAGCGGAACCACGGCCGCAGACAACACCAUGGAUCACAUGGCUUUCAACAACGAAAUGGCCUUGAACAACCAUAUGGCGUUCAUCAACCACACGGCCUUUGACACCCAAAUGGCCUAUGACAAUCAGAUGGACUUCAACUUCCAAAUGGCCUCAAACACCGAUAUCGCCACGGAAGACCUUUACGACGUCAUGCUGGCUUUCGAGCAGACAAUCGCCUCCAGCCAUGCCGUCGAGGACAACGGUAACAUGAGCAACCUCCUGGAUGCCAAUGUGGACGACUUCCCCGGCUUCCUCGAAGAGGAGACUGGAAAGUCGAGGGAACACGCCUGCGGUCAAGCGGGGGCCCCAACCAACAUCAUGCCCAGCAACUCUGGCCUGGGGUGUAAUCCGACAAUUUGGCCAUCGAUGAACGGAAUCUCGUUCACCUCGAGCAACUUCGCCAGGCAGGCCACUCUGGCAAUCAACAACGCCAUGAGAGGAGUUGCCAGACUGGUGGACAACGACACGGUCGCCGGCCCUGAGAAUAUGGCCACUGAUGGCAAUGCCUGGGCCGAGACCAACGACAUGGCUAUGAACACCAUCAUGCCUGUCAACUCUGUGGCUGGCCUCCAUAAUACCGGCAAUGAGAGUGGUUCAAACCAUCGCCAUCAGAAGGCGAAGUACAGAUCACAGUGA